CGGGAGCCCACUUUCCCAGUCCUGGGCGGCGGUCAGAUCCUUGCAAGCAUGGUCGCGCCGGGGCUUGUACUCGGGCUGGUGCUGCCAUUAAUCCUGUGGGCCGACAGAAGUGCAGGUAUUGGUUUUCGCUUUGCUUCAUACAUCAAUAAUGAUAUGGUGCUGCAGAAGGAGCCUGCUGGGGCAGUGAUAUGGGGCUUUGGUACACCUGGAGCCACAGUGACCGUGACCCUGCGCCAAAGUCAGGAAACCAUCAUGAAGAAAGUGACCAGUGUGAAAGCUCACUCUGAUACCUGGAUGGUGGUACUGGAUCCUAUGAAGCCUGGAGGACCUUUCGAAGUGAUGGCACAACAGACUUUGGAGAAAAUAAACUUCACCCUGAGAGUUCAUGAUGUCCUGUUUGGAGAUGUCUGGCUCUGUAGUGGGCAGAGUAACAUGCAGAUGACUGUGUUACAGAUAUUUAAUGCUACAAGGGAGUUGUCUAACACUGCGGCAUAUCAGUCUGUCCGCAUCCUCUCCGUCUCUCCCAUUCAAGCAGAGCAGGAGCUGGAGGACCUUGUUGCCGUUGACUUGCAGUGGUCUAAGCCCACCUCAGAAAACUUAGGCCAUGGAUAUUUCAAGUACAUGUCAGCAGUGUGCUGGCUCUUUGGACGUCACCUGUAUGACACUCUGCAGUAUCCCGUCGGGCUGAUCGCCUCCAGCUGGGGCGGGACACCCAUUGAAGCCUGGUCAUCUGGACGGUCACUGAAAGCCUGUGGGGUCCCUCAACAAGGGUCCGUUCCAUACGAUUCUGUAACUGGUCCCAGUAAGCACUCUGUUCUCUGGAAUGCCAUGAUCCAUCCACUGUGCAAUAUGACUCUGAAAGGGGUAGUAUGGUACCAGGGGGAGUCCAAUAUAAAUUAUAACACGGAUCUGUACAAUUGCACAUUCCCUGCACUCAUCGAAGACUGGCGUGAAACUUUCCACCGUGGUUCCCAGGGGCAGACGGAGCGUUUCUUCCCAUUUGGACUUGUCCAGUUAUCUUCAGAUUUGUCUAAGAAGAGCUCAGACGAUGGAUUUCCCCAGAUCCGUUGGCAUCAAACAGCAGACUUCGGCUAUGUCCCCAACCCAAAGAUGCCCAAUACUUUCAUGGCUGUAGCUAUGGAUCUCUGUGAUAGAGACUCGCCUUUUGGCAGCAUCCACCCUCGAGAUAAACAGACUGUGGCUUAUCGGCUGCAUUUGGGGGCCCGUGCUCUGGCUUAUGGUGAGAAGAAUUUGACCUUUGAAGGACCACUGCCUGAGAAGAUAGAACUCUUGGCUCACAAGGGGCUGCUCAAUCUCACAUAUUACCAGCAAAUCCAGGUGCAGAAAAAGGACAACAAGAUAUUUGAGAUCUCCUGUUGCACUGACCAUCGAUGCAAGUGGCUUCCAGCUUCUAUGAACACCGUCUCCACCCAGUCCCUGACCCUGGCGAUCGAUUCUUGUCAUGGCACUGUGGUUGCUCUCCGCUAUGCUUGGACCACAUGGCCUUGUGAAUAUAAGCAGUGUCCCCUAUACCACCCCAGUAGUGCCCUGCCAGCCCCUCCCUUCAUUGCUUUCAUUACAGACCAGGGUCCUGGACAUCAGAGCAAUGUUGCUAAAUGACUGUUUCAGUAUGAUCAGAACUUAGCUAUAAGGAUGGGUCCUUCAGAUUUUAGCAUUUAGGAGUUUCAAUAAUAACCAUUGCUUUUAAAGGAAAUUAAUAGAAAGCCUCAUUGAAUGGCUUUCAACUAGCACAUGGGUGUUUCUAUAUUCUGAUGAGCCCAGGCUUAUAGGUAACUUGAAAUGCUUGCUUUUUGUUCCCUAGUUAGUCUAAGGGUCUGUGUUGGACUAAUUCUGAACUACAGACAAAUUGGACCUCAAUGUCAUUUACUUCCCUCAUAUUAAUGGGAGUGAAAUGUCUAAUACUUUUGCCCCUUUUUAUCCAGAGUUGUGGGAUCUCAGGAUUGGAAGAGAUUUUAAAGGCCACAUAGGCCAGCUAGUGUUCAUGUGCUCUUUAUAAAAUUUCUCCCAUCCAAGUACUAACCGGGCCCGACCCUGCUUAGCUUCCGAGAUCAGACGAGAUCGGGCGCGUUCAGGGUGAUAUGGCCGUAGACGUCUUUACAGAAUUUCUGACAGGUGGUUACUGAAUCUCUGUAUGAACGUUCCAUUCAAAACUUUCCAAGUUUUUCCUUAUGUGGAACCAAAAUCUUUCUCCCGUGAAACUUUACUACUAUCAGAUAAUUGAAGACAGAUCUCUUUGUAUUCUCUUCAAGCCCAAACCAAUUCUGUUCCUUCAAUCUAAAUAGUGGUAAUAUGAAUGUUUAAGAAAUGAAGUAAGAAACAUGUGCAGGCACUUUGGAAGGUGCUAAGUGACUGCCCUAAGGAAUGAAAAGCAAGGGCCAGGUGGGAGUAGCCCAGGGAAGGCACUUGGGCUGCCAGGAACAGGAGGCGUGGGAAACUCUGGCUUAGGAAAACAUGAACAUAGGGGCAACAGAGGCAAACUGUUGUUCGAGUUAAAUAUAAAUCUCAGGCUCUUUAAAGGUAAAAGGUUUAAGGAUAAUCCAUUUGGAAGAAGAAAAGAGUGAGGCUGAAAGUAAAGCCACAUGACAAGCAUAUAAAAAAAUAAUGCAGAUGAUACAAAUAUGAAAGAGGCCUUCAGUGUUUGUUUAUUAAGACUCUUAAUGCAGUUUACUGAUGGAUUAAAAACAGCUAACAUUGUCUGAAAAUUAUGUUACCUAUAAGAAGUUGGAAAUAAAUAAAAGCAUAAUCACUA